AGUAAGUAGAGAAAUCUGUCUUUCUCGCUCGCAUACCAACACAUCUACAGGCAGAAAUUGCUAUUUACACGAAUGCAGCUGAUUCGAAUAUUUCGAAAUCGAAUUCGCUUGACAUUCGUUCAAUGUCAACACCGAGUUGAACAAUAACAAAGUGUGCGAAAAUGGUUUUGGUGGCUGGUGUUCGGCAGCAACGGCAUAUUCUGUGGAAAAUAUGGCCAAUUUUGUAUCAAAAUCAGCGAAAUUUUAGUCAAUCUCUUAGCAAUAAUCAUUCAGCAUGUAAAUUAAAAUGUGACUUAAAGUGUAUCUCGUUACAUCAUCGCUAUCAUUCGUCAAAAACGCAGUUUGAUUUGGUGCAACCGAAUAAUCAAAAUCAAAAUCAAAAUCACCUCUUCGAUUUCUACGAUGAGUGGCCGGCUGAUGUUAAAACUGAAUUCGUUCGUGAUAUGAUUCUGAUUGAGGAUUUCAUUAGCGAAGAAGAGGAGGAGCAUUUGUUUGCUGAGACGAAGAAAACCAUGAAACGGAUGCGAUACCAAUACGAUCAUUGGGACGAUGCCAUUCAUGGGUAUCGUGAAAUGGAAAAAACUGAUUGGUGGCCAGAAAAUGAAAGAAUCUUCGAACGUGUCAGAAGUAAAGCAUUCGUUGCAAAUGUCUUACCACAUGUACAUAUUCUUGAUUUGGCUGCUGAUGGCAUCAUAAAACCACAUGUUGAUAGUUCACGGUAUUGUGGUACUACAAUUGCCGGACUUAGUUUACUGACCGAUUGCAUCAUGAGGCUGAAACGAGUUGACGAAAAUCAACACAAACAAAGUCGAGAAGGUGGAGAUGAUAGAAAGCAAAGUGGCAACCAAUCGAAACAAGAGGUCAACAAUCUGGAGAAAUCGGAAUUUAGCUACUUUGUUGAUAUUUUACUCAAAAGACGUUCGUUGUAUAUCAUGAAAGAUUCAGCUCGAUACAAAUUUUCACACGAAGUUUUGGCAUCAAAAUCCAAAUUCAUGGGCAAUGAGGUGGUUAAAGAUCAACGAAUAUCGAUCAUUUGUCGAAAUCAAGCUUGAAAAUUGAUUUUGCUGUAAGAGAUUUUAGUAUUGUUUUAAAAUAAGGAAAUAAAUUUGUUGGAAUCAUAA